AACAAAUACCAGAUUGUUAUUGUUCACUUAUUGUUUUUUUUUUAAAAUCUUGAUUAAAAAAUUAAAUAACAAUAAUGGCUUCAGCGCAAUCCUCGGAUGACAGUAUGGAGUCGUUGGAGAGUAUUCCUGUCGAGUUAGAAGAAAAAUUCACUUUGGUUCAACACAUCGAAAAUAUAGCUCACGAAAAAGUGCGUAAUGCUGACAAAUUAAAGGACGAAUUUCUGUCAGGAAAAAAUAACUUAUCGGAAGAAGAAAUAUCUGAAUAUUUAAUCUCAACACUAUAUUUUCUUGACGAUGUAAUGGAAUGCAUUGAUGACCAAGCUAAACUGGUUGUUCAAGCUUUUGAUGAGGUCAGUGAAAAUAUGAGGCAAUUGACUUUAGGUAAAGCAAGGUUAGAAGAAAACAUUUAUAACAGAGCAAGUGGCGCAAAAAAUAUUGAAGAAGGCGUACAACAAAUCGAUGGAAUUUGGAACAAGCCGAGCACAUCAAGGGAAGAAAAAACAACUCCUUACAAAAUAUCUGAAAGAAAAUAA